AUGUCCAAACCCUCCUCUCAACUAACUCUGACUCCACAAUUCUGCUUUGACAAGGGAGCUCUCAGAGACUUCCUCCGCAUCUCCCGUUCGAGUAUAGAUGACUCCAUCACUCAGAAUCUGAAUGCGCUCAUUACACCGGCAGAAAAGGGCUUUGACCCGUCUAUGACAACAGCUCGACAAACAGAUUAUCGAAGCAGAGGGCAAAUUGAACCAGAGAGAUGCCACUCGUUUCUGGAUAAUGCCCUCUUCCCAUCAUGGCAGGCCCGGUCUGACGUGUUGAAUUAUUGUGCUGGGGUGGCAACGAGUCCCGACCCCAACGAUCCAGAUCUUCUGCUGCGCGAAGUGGAAUCGGCAAAGGAUAGAGAAAGAGUGGUUGAUGAGCGAUUAGAUCCAUAUUCGGCUAGAUUUUUUCCGCGCGAAGCAAGGACUGAGUCCCUGGCGAUGUUGCUAAGGAAUGAGAGGGGAGUGGAACAUAUCAUUCGAACCAGGACUUGGGGUUUGGUUAAGGAGCGGUGUGAAGUUUCACAUGAAAGCUGGGAAGAGGCAUUGAAUCACUGGCGAGAAAAGCAGAAUCAAAAACGAUGA